AUGUCGAACUGGAGCAACAAACGUGGCGACAAACUUCAGACGGCUUGGUUUCCAGAGGUGGCUCACAUCAAAAGAACGUUGUACAGUACCAAAGCUGACACUAGAACGACUGGAGAAUAUUUGGCAAUCAGAAGUUCAAUGGUGACGUUAUGUCAGACUGACCAUUUAACAAACACUUUUCGAAAUCCUAAGUCUGCUGGGGAUAUAGCUUUAGCAAUGUAUGUUGGAUUGUGGUCUUACGGGGGAUGGGCAGGUAUGUCUACAGUGAAUGAAGAAAUGACAAAUCUUCAAAGGGACUUGCCUUUAUCCAUCAUCAUUUCACUAUCGCUGGUGACCGUUAUAUAUAUAUUGACAAAUAUCGCAUACUUUGCGGUGCUUUCCACACAAGAAAUGUUGCAGUCGAAUGCUGUAGCAGUGUCAUUUGCAGUUUCAACUUUUGGUGUGAUGUCAUGGAUUGUACCAUUGUUUGUUUCCUUGUCAACAUUUGGUUCCGAGUGUGCAAUUCUUUUUACCACUGCACGAAUCUACUUUGCUGCUGCAAGGGAAGGGCAACUGCCAAGUUUGAUUUCCAUGAUUCACAUUAAACGACGCACUCCAGUUCCCGCAUUGCUUACUAAUGGGACCUUGACCCUAAUAAUGGUCCAAGUCAACGAUAUAUAUACACUCAUAUCGUACGUGAGUUUCAUGAAUUGGUUUGUAUCAUUAUUUACUGUAUCCGGUCUGUUAUGGUAUCGUUGGAGAAAACCAGAUAUACCUCGCCCAAUUAAGCUACCAGUCAUAAUACCUAUCAUAUUUAUUAUGAUCACCUUGUUCCUUAUAAUCGUUCCUCUCUAUACUAAGCCUGUUACAACUGGAAUUGGUCUCGCUAUAACUCUAAUUAGCAUUCCAGUUUAUUUAGUAACGAUUGUACAUAGAAAAAAAUGGCCAACAGCUAUACCACGUAUAAUUGCGUUGUCAUUACCAGUGGAUUUCCGCCUCUCAAAUGCGGAAAAAUUUGGAGAAAAAUCUACAGUGAACGGAAUAGUUUCCAAGUCACUGGCCCGUGAAUCUGAGUAA